CGACCGCAUAUCGGUCUCAACCCGUCCUCGUAUCUUUCCUACUCCUGGGCUGAAGAAGAUGCAUGGGACUCCGGCUCAGACUCGGACUCUCCAUCGACGAACACACAAACCGCAGGCGCUUGGCCACGCUCUCCACCGGCCUCUACAUUGACCUCUUCUCCCAAAGCGGUCAACGUUCCCCGUCCAUCAAGUAAUAGCUCAUCAUCGACCCUUGCUUUCUCGUACACCCAUGUUUCAGCACCCAGCUCGUAUCCACCAAAACAGGAACAGGAACAAACCGCAGCGAGGCCGUCGAAGAACGGAUGGACACUGGUACAGAAAUCUGGUCAGCAAUCAUCUAGGUCUAGUACAGAGGGCAAGGAGACAAGUGCCGUCGGGAAGCCUCACGAGGGAGAAGUAGAGGAGGUUCAUGAUGUUGAUGGCGAGAUGGUCGUUGGAGACAUGGAUCCCGAUUUCUCAGAACCGUUCACGUCCAUGAAGUCCAUGCCUAUUAGUACCGUUCGCGAGGAUGCGGAGGAGAUCGUCAAUGAUCCACUCCAUCUCAUCCGAAGGAUAUCCACAAAACGAGCGCACUCUUCCUCAUCCUACUCUCCACUGCGUUCAAGGUCAAGAUCUCCUCCGCGCGAUCAGGGGCGCCCGGAAUCCCCAGAGAAACUGCUGCGCGAUCGGUCCAUUCGCUCAAAUCGUCGAAAUAAAUUUGUGCAGUGUCUACUUCGUGAGGAUGUUGAUAUGGCUGACCUACGCAGAUUGGCAUGGCAAGGUGUGCCCAAUGAUCUUCGCCCAUUAGCAUGGCAACUCCUUCUCGGUUAUCUUCCCCUCCCAUCUCCAGCACGCUCCUCUGUCUUGCAACGAAAACGAGGCGAAUACCUUUCUCUGGUUGAGUUGACCUUCGCUCGUGGACGGGAAGGCCUUGACCAGCAAAUAUGGCAUCAAAUCGAAAUCGAUGUACCGCGUACGAGACCGGGUGUGCCAUUGUGGAUGCAUGCAUCAACACAACGGUGUCUAGAACGAAUACUCUACGUAUGGGCCAUCCGACAUCCUGCAAGUGGCUAUGUGCAAGGCAUCAAUGAUCUCGUUACCCCCUUCUUUCAAGUCUUCCUCGGAGCUUAUAUCGACUCAGAUCCUGAGUAUUUCGACCCAGCACAUCUACCUCCCAACGUCCUCUCAGCCCUCGAAGCCGACUCAUUCUGGUGCUUGUCCCGUCUCCUCGAUGGAAUUCAAGACAACUACAUCGCUUCUCAGCCAGGUAUACAACGUUCUGUCAAACGCAUGGCAGAACUGGUAGCCAGGAUUGAUGUACCCUUGUAUGAGCAUCUGGGGAAGCAGGGAGUCGAGUUUAUGCAGUUUGCGUUCAGGUGGAUGAACUGUUUGUUGAUGCGGGAGAUCAGCGUGAAAAACACCAUUCGGAUGUGGGAUACCUAUCUGGCCGAAGGGACGGACGCAUUCUCACAAUUCCACCUAUACGUCUGCUCUGCUUUCCUCGUCCGCUGGAGUGACAAACUACGCGAAAUGGACUUUCAGGGCAUCAUCAUGUUUCUCCAAUCUCUACCCACGCAAGACUGGACGGACCACGAGAUCGAGAUGCUCCUCAGUCAAGCCUUCGUCCUCAACUCGAUAUGGGCCAACGCGCAGAGCCAUUUUACGGGCAAAUGAUCAUCGGGAGCCGUCUGCUUUCUCAUAUCGAUAUCCUUUUCAGAUUGGCUUAACGCACUUUCGUCCAUAUCCGCCCCUUUAUUUAUUCCAGCCUCCCCUCUCUGGCGUUGUGCAUUAUCAAAGGAAAAGUUGUACCAUCCGGAGUGUAAUUUCUUGGGGGAUAUCAAAGUCCGAAAUUCGAACUCAUCCUACUUAUACAUAGACAGUCGAACAAU